AUGGCGGGCAUGAAGACGGCCACGGGGGACUACAUCGACGCGUCCUGGGAGCUGCGCGUGUUUGUGGGCGAGGAGGACCCCGAGGCGGAGGCGGUGACCCUCCGGGUGACCGGGGAGUCGCACAUCGGCGGGGUGAUCCUGAAGAUUGUGGAGCAGAUCAACCGCAAGCAGGACUGGUCGGACCACGCCAUCUGGUGGGAGCAGAAGAAGCAGUGGCUGCUGCAGACACACUGGACGCUGGACAAGUACGGCAUCCUGGCCGACGCCCGCCUGCUGUUCGGGCGGCAGCACCGGCCCGUGCUCCUGCGGCUGCCCAACCGGCGCGCCCUGCGCCUGCGGGCCAGCUUCUCCCAGCCCCUCUUCCAGGCCGUGGCCGCCAUCUGCCGCCUCCUCAGCAUCCGGCACCCCGAGGAGCUGUCCCUGCUCCGGGCUCCGGAGAAGAAGGAGAAGAAGAAGAAGGAGAAGGAGCCAGAGGAGGAGGUGUAUGACCUCACCAAGGUCGUCCUGGCUGGGGGCAUGGCCCCUGCGCUGUUCCGGGGGAUGCCCGCCCACUUCUCAGACAGCGCGCAGACGGAGGCCUGCUACCACAUGCUGAGCCGGCCUCAGCCGCCGCCCGACCCCCUCCUGCUGCAGCGCCUGCCGCGGCCCGGCUCCCUGCUGGACAAGACGCAGCUGCACAGCAGGUGGCUGGACUCCUCGCGGAGCCUCAUGCAGCAGGGCAUUCGGGCCGGGGACACGCUCUGGCUGCGCUUCAAGUACUACAGCUUCUUCGACCUGGACCCCAAGACGGACCCGGUGCGGCUGACCCAGCUGUACGAGCAGGCGCGCUGGGACCUGCUGCUGGAGGAGAUCGACUGCACGGAGGAGGAGAUGAUGGUGUUCGCCGCCCUGCAGUACCACAUCAACAAGCUGUCACAGAGCGGGGAGGUGAGCGAGCCCGCGGCCGCCGACCCGGGGCUGGACGACCUGGAUGCCGCCCUGAGCAGCCUGGAGGUGAAGCUGGAGGGCUCGGCGCCCGCCAACGUGCUGGACAGCCUCACCGCCAUCCCGGAACUCAAGGACCAUCUCCGCAUCCUGCGGCCCCGGAAGCUGACCCUGAAAGGGUACCGCCAGCACUGGGUGGUGUUCAAGGAGACCACGCUGUCCUACUACAAGAGCCAGGACGAGGCCCCGGGCGACCCCAUUCAGCAGCUCAACCUCAAAGGCUGUGAGGUGGUCCCUGAUGUCAACGUCUCCGGCCAGAAAUUCUGCAUCAAACUCCUGGUGCCCUCCCCCGAGGGCAUGAGCGAGCUCUACCUGCGCUGCCAGGAUGAGCAGCAGUACGCCCGCUGGAUGGCCGGCUGCCGGCUGGCCUCCAAGGGCCGCACCAUGGCGGACAGCAGCUACGCCAGCGAGGUGCAGGCCAUCCUGGCCUUCCUCAGCCUGCAGCGGACGGGGACCGGCGCCCCCGGCAGCCAGCCGCAGGGCCUGGACGCCUCCGCGGAGGGCCUCAACCCCUACGGCCUGGUUGCCCCCCGCUUCCAGCGCAAGUUCAAGGCCAAACAGCUCACCCCUCGGAUCCUGGAAGCCCACCAGAACGUGGCCCAGCUCUCCCUGACCGAGGCCCAGCUGCGCUUCAUCCAGGCCUGGCAGUCCCUGCCCGACUUCGGCAUCUCCUACGUGAUAGUCAAGUUCAAGGGCAGCAGGAAGGAUGAGAUCCUGGGCAUCGCCAACAACCGGCUGAUCCGCAUCGACCUGGCCGUGGGCGACGUGGUCAAGACCUGGCGCUUCAGCAACAUGCGCCAGUGGAACGUCAACUGGGACAUCAAGCAGGUGGCCAUCGAGUUCGACGAGCACAUCAACGUGGCGUUCAGCUGCGUGUCCGCCAGCUGCCGCAUUGUGCACGAGUACAUCGGGGGCUACAUCUUCCUGUCCACGCGGGAGCGGGCCCGCGGGGAGGAGCUGGACGAGGACCUCUUCCUGCAGCUCACGGGCGGCCAUGAGGCCUUCUGA